ACCCAUUCAGUCAAGACAUCGAGUCCCACUCACUAGUUCGUCCCUGUCCCACGCCUCCCAGCUAAUCAUUACAGCUCCUCAACAAUCAUUACACCACCAACACCAUCGACUGUGUCUCGUAAUCUCAGUUUGCUUUCACACCACCGUAUCCCUGUGAAGAAGCAUGGCGGUGGAAGAGGAGGCCGGCAGACCCACAUGGAGCAGGCAGAUUGAGUUCACCCUGGCUGGGAUCGGGUGUGCUGUGGGACUGGGGAACAUCUGGAGGUUCCCGUACCUGUGCUACAGGAGCGGUGGAGGAGCGUUCCUGGUGCCGUACCUGCUCAUGCUGGUGGUGCUGGGGAUCCCGCUGCUGCACAUGGAGCUGACGCUGGGCCAGUACCUGAGGAGGGGGCCCGUCCUGGCCCUGACCAAAGCCUGUCCCCUGCUGAAAGGUGUUGGCAUGGCAACAGUGGCCAUCUCCUUCAUCAUGUGCACAUACUAUAAUAUAAUUAUCACAUGGGCGCUGUACUACAUGUUCAGCUCAUUUCGAAGCGAGCUGCUCUGGGAAAACUGCAACAACACAUGGAACACGGCCAACUGCAGCGACCGUGUGACCAACAGCUCCUCGACCUCCACCGCCAGCCAGCAGUUCUUCAAUUUUAAGGUGCUGGAGAGGACCAGUGGGGUGGAGGAGACGGGCACCUUGAGAUGGGAGCUCUUCCUCCUGCUGCUGCUGGCCUGGAUCCUCGUCUACCUCUGCAUCUUUAAAGGGGUCAAAUCCACUGGGAAGGUUGUGUACUUCACCGCUCUGUUUCCAUACGUGAUUCUUCUGGCUCUGCUGAUCAAUAAUGUGCAGCUGCCGGGAGCCAUAGACGGCAUCCGAUUCUUCAUCAUACCCGAGUGGGACAAGCUCCUUAAUGUGCAGGUAUGGAUUAAUGCAGCAGCUCAAAUCUUUAACUCCAUUGGGAUCGGCUUCGGCUCUCUGAUGGCGAUGGCCAGCUACAACAACUACAACAACAACGUCCUCAAAGACACUCUGACCAUUUCCAUCAUAAAUUCCUUGACUAGUAUUUUCGCUGGAUUUGUCAUUUUUUCUGCAUUUGGCUACAUGUCGCACCUUCAGAAUGUGCCAGUCAGUGAACUCGCAGUGGACGGUCCAGGUCUGGUGUUUGUGGUUUACCCACAAGCCUUUGUGACGAUGCCCGUCGCUCCUCUGUGGGCCUUUCUCUUCUUUUUCAUGUUACUCUGCCUCGGACUCGACAGUCAGUUUGCCAUGGUGGAGGUGAUGGUGACCAGUCUGCUGGACAGUUUCAGUAAACCCAUACUGAAGUACCUCAAACACAAGGAGUUUCUUGUGCUCGUAGUCUGCAGUGCGGCCUUCCUUCUGGGCAUUCCCAAUGUCAUGCAGGUGGGGAUCUAUGUGUUCCAGCUGAUGGAUCAUUACACUGCUAUCGUGUCCAUCAUGUUCCUGGCAUUUUUUGAGGUGGUUGGUGUUUGUUGGAUCUAUGGUGUAAACCGUCUGUCCAGUAAUUUAAUAGAGAUGACGGGAAAAAGACCCAACAUUUUCUUCAGGAUCUGCUGGUGGGUCAUUUGUCCUGUUUUGAUAACUGUUAUCCUGGUGUUCUCAGUGAUUCAGUUUAAACCAGCUCGUUACGAGGUUUACGUCUAUCCACCGUGGGCUCAGGCCGUCGGCUGGCUCAUCGCUUUGGCGUCCAUCAUCUGGAUUCCUCUAGCGGCUGUGCACACACUCUGGGUUCUUCCCGGAUCUUUCAUUCAGAAAUUAAAAAAGUCCAUCACACCAUUUUCUCUGGAGGAGGACUCAGAGAUCCCGUAUUACCAGCAGAAAGGAUUCAUCAUGGAGGUGAUCCCCAACAUCACCAUCAUCAGCUCUGAUAAACCACCAAUCCAGACUAAUUUAUGAACUGCUAUCGAACCUGCCACUGGAUCACUGGACUACAGACUGAUCAAAUCCAGUGAACGUGCCUGAGGACUAUUUACUGGAUCAGUGAGGAUCUGUCUGAAAUAUUGGCCCAAAUGUUAGUUUCAACAAGUAUAUUCAUAUUAACUAUGACAGAAACAACCUAUUUUGGGUUUAAGACUUUAACUCUUUUCCUGCCAUUGACGGAAUUUUCUGGCAAUCCAUGUUUUCACUGUUAUAUGGUAAGGGGCGCUGCUGCGCAUCUUCUGAAAGAAGCAGAAACAAGUGAUAGAAGCAUUGCUAACACACAUUAAACAGUAUAUAAAUCAAAACUGCCAAACGUUACCAAAUGAAACCCAUUAAGAAGAAAGCGACUGUUGAAAUGUAUGUUUUGAUCAUUGUUGUGAAUCCGACCCAGACAAAGUAUUUGACAAAAGUACAAUUUUCUCAGCUUUGUGUUUGAAAUGUUUUUUUUUUUUUUUUUUUUUUUAUGAAACUU